CGAGUAUCUUCCCACAUCGCAAUUCGAGCCGCGCCCCGCAUUUGCUUUUGACUCGCAUGGCUUCUGAACUUUGGGCUAGCUACAAGCAAUGGGCUGAUGCUCAGGAAACGGUCUUCCUGGACUGGGCCGACCCGUCCGGCCAGUACAAGCUGUCACCCAUGAAGGACCUGCCUGGCGCCGAUUUUGCCUCGGCAUUCGCAAUCUGCGUCGCCUACGUGUCCUUCGUCGUCAUCGGAACGCUCGUCAUGAAGGCUGGUGUCCCGGCCAUCAAGACCAGUCCACUGCAGUUUGUCUACAACCCACUGCAAGUUGUGCUUUGCUCGUACAUGUGCAUGGAAGCUGGAAUUCUCGCCUACCGCAGCGGUUAUUCGGCCACGCCGUGCAACGCGUUCAGCGCAGAGAAGCCUGUCAUGGGCAACGUGAUGUACAUGUUUUAUCUGUCCAAGAUCCUGGACUUCUUUGACACGAUCUUCAUUAUCCUUGGCAAGAAGUGGAAGCAGCUCUCCUUCCUCCAUGUGUACCACCACUUGACCAUUUUCGCGAUUUACUUCAUGAACUUCCGCGUGGCCUACGACGGAGACAUCUACGCCACGAUCAUUCUGAACGGUUUCAUCCACACCAUUAUGUACAUGUACUACUUCGUGAGCGCGCACACUCGUGACAUCUGGUGGAAGAAGUACCUCACGGCCAUGCAGCUGAUUCAGUUCGUCACGAUGAACGUGCAGGGCUACUUCAUAAUGUCGCGCUCGUGCGACAACUUCCCCCACAAGAUUCCGGUCAUCUACCUCGUCUAUAUCCAGUCGCUUUUCUGGCUGUUCAUGAACUUCUUCAUCAAGUCGUACUGCUCGAAGCCACGUAAGACGUCCAACAAGAAGAAGACGCAGUAGAGAGCAACGGCCCCGAAAUAUCGUAGAUGACGCUGCUAACACAGCUGCUCGAGGGGAUGUGGGUCUGCUUUCAGAUUUAUAAGAACAUUUUAAGACCAAUGCAACGCCGAAGGGGGCGAUGAACUGCUCCCUCGGCUGAAUUUCGUGCUGAAAGUGA